UCGCUUCUAGGGCACAAACAAAAAGAGCCAAAUUUUCUUCACUUCACUCAUUACGACUUCCCCGCCAUUUCUGGCAUAUCAAUCAGCUUGAGAAAUCGUUAACAAUGGAGACCAACAAUGACAUUGAAGAUAUGGAGGAAGAGGAGGAAUUCGGAUUCUCGAGAAACUAUUUCCUCGCGAAAGAAUUGGGAAGCUCGGGAAAGAAAUCCGCUCGCAAGCUCUCUGAAAUUAACCUCGUUGACGAACAGGAACUGAGGGCAGCGGCGUCUAAUAUUGAGCCAAAGCACGAGAAAGAGGUCGUGGCUUUGAUGAACAGCUACAAGAGUUUGUACUCGAUAUGGGUUUUCGAGCUAAGAUGUGGUUUUGGCCUUCUGAUGUAUGGAUUUGGAUCUAAGAAAGCUUUGAUUGAAGAUUUUGCUUCAACAGCGUUGACUGACUAUUCUGUAGUUGUAAUCAAUGGCUAUCUUCAAGCAAUUAAUAUUAAACAGGUUGUGAUAGCCUUAGCUGAAGUUCUAUGGGAUCAAUUGAAAAGCAAACGAGCGACUUCUUCAGGGAACCUGCCUAAAGCUCAACAGCCAUUUAAUUCUCGGUCCAUGGAUGAUCUUCUUGCAUUUUUGAAUGGAUCAGAAGCAGAGGAUAAAGAUUGUUUCAUAUGUGUUGUUAUUCACAACAUUGAUGGACCUGCAUUAAGAGACUCUGAAACUCAACAGUAUCUUGCACAAAUAGCUUCUUGUUCUUGCAUCCGUAUUGUUGCUUCAAUUGACCAUGUGAAUGCACCUCUUUUGUGGGACAAGAAGAUGGUUCACACACAGUUCAACUGGUGUUGGUAUCAUGUUCCGACCUUUGCUCCAUACAAGGUUGAAGGAAUGUUCUUUCCUUUGAUUCUUGCACAUGGCAGUACCGCUCAAAGUGCCAAAACUGCUGCAAUAGUUUUGCAGAGUUUGACACCCAAUGCCCAAAGCGUUUUCAGAGUUCUUGCAGAAUAUCAGCUGUCUCAUCCUGAUGAAGAAGGGAUGCCAAUUAACAAUUUGUACACAGUCUGUAGAGAGCGUUUCCUGGUCAGCAGCCAGCUUACAUUGAAUUCCCAUUUGACAGAAUUUAAAGAUCAUGAAUUGGUCAAGACCAGAAGGCAUUCGGACGGCCAGGAUUGCUUGUACAUCCCUCUCACGACUGAGGCACUUGAAAAACUAUUAAUGGAGAUUAAUCAAUAACUUUUUCAUGUCCUAUUUGUGUUUAUAUAAUCGUCUUGGAAAAAAAAUAAUUAAAGAUUGAAUUGCCUUCUCUCAGACCAAAAGAAAAUUUCCUCUUGGAUAAUGUUUUUCCAAACGCAUUUUAAUGCAGAAAUCAAUAGAUUUUUGUUCUU